AUGAGUAAGAAAAAAGUUUUUUUUUUUUUUUGUAUCUUCUCCUCAUUACUAAUAUAUGCAUAUGUUUAUAGUAUAAGUAUUACUCAUAUAUCAAACGAAAAGGAAAAAUUAAAAUUAAUAGAACAUAAUGAUGCAAAUGUAUCUAUUGCAGUCUUUAACUUAUCCAAUGAAAUGCUUUAUGUUGAUCAGCAGCAUUUUACAAAUAUUAAAAAGUUGCAACACAUUCUAAUAAAGUGCCUAAAAUCAGAAAAAAAACAUAUUAUAGAUAAUCUAGGAAUAGAAAGUAUAAAAUUUUUGUUAUUUGAGUAUUUUAAGAAAGAAAUGUAUAAUAAUUUAACGCUUUUUUUUCAGUUCAUUAAAAAUAAUUUUCAUUACCUUAAUAAAACAAUAUAUGUAGAAAAAAAAAGAUAUAAAUUAUCACCAAAAGAUUACAUUGAAAAUGAUAAAUUAUUAGAUUUACUAGAAAAAGUGAUGAAUUUUGAUAAAAGAAAUAAUGCUAUAUAUCUUGAAAAAUUAUAUCAAUUUAAAAAUAUAAUGGAAUGUUUUUAUGUAUCUAUAUCAAUGAAUUUAGAGAAUGAAAAAAAUCCAAUAGUUUUAUAUAUGAAAAUAGAUGAUAGUAAUAAUUAUAUUAACAUAAAAAUAGAUAAUAAUUUAUUAUCAAAAAGCAUUAGCAAUAUUAAAGAAAAGGAAUCUCUAUAUAGUGACAAAACUCAAAUUCUUCCUAAUCUAUUAGAUCCAUUAAGAACAAAUAAUUUAACUUUGAGAAUGCCAAGAAAUUUUAAAUGGCCAUUAAAUUAUUUCCGAAAUUUAUGUGUAAGUAAUAAUUAUAAAGUUGCUUCUGAAAAUUGGGUUAAUUAUUUUUAUAAUCACAAUGAGACUUUAUGCCAUAUUGAAACAUGUGGAUCCGGUGACUGCUUAUUUUUAACGUUAGAAUAUUUACUAAAUGAUAAUGAAAUAGCAACAGAUAAUAUAUUUUUAAAUGAAAAUAUAAAAGAAAGUGAAUAUAUUAAGUGGUAUAUAAAAAAUAUAAAGCUCCUAAAUCAAAAAAAAUUUAAUGUUAUUGAUUUAAGGUAUAUAACUACUUAUUUUUUUAUAAAAUAUUUUCCAGGAUAUUCUAAUGAAAAUGAUAUAGAUGAAUCAUAUAUAAAUGAAAAAUUAGAUUUAUUAAUAAAUCUUGAAUUCAUAAAUUAUUAUUUAAAAAAAGAUUUAAUUUUUGAAAUGAUACAGAAUAAAAAUGAAAAAAAAAACAUAAAAGAAAAGUCAUUUUUAUCAACCAUAUCAGAUUUUCUCGUUAAUGUUAUACCAUUUCGUAAUUUUUCAUCUAAUAGUGAUAAUAAUGAUGAUGAUUAUAAUGACAAUAAUAAUAAUUAUGAUGAUAAUUAUAAUGACAAUAAUAAUAAUUAUGAUGAUAAUUAUAAUGACUAUAAUAACAACAAUAAUGAUGAUAAUUAUAAUGACAAUAAUGACAAUUAUGAUGAUGAUUAUAAUAACAAAAAUAACAAUUACAGUAAAUGUUAUUCAUCUUCUACAUCCUACUUAGAUGAUAACAUUAGUAAAAAUCUCUAUUCUUUUCAUGAAUAUGCUGAUAAUUGUAAUAACAAUUCUUUCCUUUCUUCUGAUGAUAAUAAAUAUUAUUCAUUGUCAUCUUCAGAACACAAACAAAUAUCAUCUCAUGAUUUGAAAGAUGUAAAUAGAAACAAGAAAGAUAUAACUAGUAGAUUAAAAGAUUCAAUACACAAAUUAAAUGAAAAAGAAAUAGAAUAUGACUCAAAAUUGGUAAAUAGUUUAUUAUAUAACACUAAUGAAAAUAUAAUAAAAAAGGAUAUGAAUCAAGGUAUAUUCAAUACUAAGAAUGAAGAAUAUAGAAAUGAAGAUAUGUAUAAAUCACGAACAUACGAAUUAAAUAAAAACAAAAAAACAAACGAAACAAUAUCAAAUAAAAAAGAUCGUAUUAAUUUAAGUGAAAAUAGGAAUAUUAGAGAUUAUAAUGAGUACAAUAAUACUGAAUCAGUUAACUUAGAGAGAAAAAAUUAUGAUGAUGAAUAUGAAAGUAUUUUAGACGAUAUUGAUAACUUUGGAUAUAGAAUAUAUGAGUUGAUUUUUUUUAAAAUAGUAUCAUUAUCAGAUAAUAAAUUAACUUUAAAUAAAUUAAGAAAACUUAAUAAAAAAAGUCUACAAGAAUUAAAAGGAACAAAUUUGAAAGUAAAAGUUAUUGGAUCACAUGUAUUUAUGAAAAACAUUGAAGAAGGAAAUAUUCUCCCAUUUUAUAAUUCAGAUAAUAUAAAAGAUAAAUUAAAUAACCCUUUUAGUGAAGAAAAUUAUGCAAAUAAAGAUUUGUAUGUGAUUAUAUUAAAAACAACAUUUGGUAAAAAUAUAAAAAGAAAGAGUGAUGGAAUAAUUUCUAAAAGUUUGUUAUUAAAACAUGAUGGAGAUAGCAUAUCUUAUUGGUCAAUAAAAAAUAAUAAAUAUCACUUUACUAGUGACAAUAAAGUAAUUCAAACUAGCACCAUUCAAGAAAAGGCAUCAGCUUUAUUUUAUGAAAGAACAAGAACUGGUCAUAUUCAUUGGGGAGAUGAAAUUGACUAUGAUGCAUUUCAAAAAAUGUUUAAUAUCGGUUUAAUUACAUUUAUAAAUGGUAGUACUGAAUUUUUUUUUUCAAAAGAUACUUUUAAAGAAUACGAAUUAUAUUUUUUAAUCUACUUUUAUUCAGAUAUUCAUUUUGAACCAGGAGUUCACAUAACAAUAAAAGGAAAUAAUGCAAGUCUUAAAUCUGCAUAUAAAAAAAAUAAAAUUCCUCAUUCCUUUUUAGAAAUAGUUAAGAAAUAA